AUGGCGUCAGACAUGGUGACAAUCGACCGAGCAUAUUUUGAGACUCUUGUCAGGAGGGCCGACUUCAAUAUCGACAAUCCCGCUCAAACCCCUACUGGUAUCAUACUCAACAAGACCGAACACGAUGACUUGAAGAAGAUCGCCAGACAAUAUGCGAACCUGAAACGUAACCUGCUGAGAGGUGGCGUAGACGAGAGUACUGUUGAUGCCCCGGUAGAUGAGACGAAUGUCCCGAUCGACCUCCCUCAGCCGACGCAGAGGCCUCAAUACGACCGCCAGUGCACCAGGACCAUUCUACUUACCAAUCUCCCCGAAGGUGUCACCCAUGCCGACGUCACCAGAGUUGUUCGAGGCGGGCAGUUGCUGGAUGUCUACCUGCGAGCGAACGAUCGUUCAGUGGCCAUCUCGUUUUUGCAUGCUGUCGAUGCUAGGGCUUUCUUUGAUCAUGUCAAGAAGAACGACUUGUACAUCAAAAAUAAGCGGGUGGAGAUCCGGUGGAGCGACCGUCAGUUUAUCCUGCCCGGUCAUGUUGCCAGCAAGAUCGGCAUUGGAGCUACAAGGAAUUUCGUCAUUCGACGUUGCGAUCCUCGGAUUACGGAGGAGAGUAUUCGAGAUGAUCUGGAGCACAUCCACAACCUUGUGGUGAUCAAGGUCGAGUUCAUUGGUAGCAGUUGCUUCAUCUCCACAAACUCAGUGCACAAUGCCAUGUUUGCGAGAACCUGCAUGAUGAGUCGGGGCAAAUAUAAGGGUCUGAAGAUCGAUUGGGAGUUAGAUGAGUGCGCUCAAGCGCUCGAUCGUAUGCCUGUCCCUGUCAAGCCACGCAAAGAGAUUGUGCCGCAGAAGAAGACCAACAAUAGGAUGGCCAAUCGGUUCCACCUGCUCAAUCUUGAUAACGACGACGAUGACUUUCAUGUUAAGAACUCGAUUGGAAUCACGGCAUAG